CACAUCACCCAAAAUAUCUCUUUGUUUUCUUCUACUUGCUCAAUUCAAUUAUCUUUAAAAAAAUUGAAAAAUGGGUUCAACAAGCCAUAGCCAGAGCAACAGCCUAACUCAAACAGAGGAUGAAGCUUUCUUAUUCGCUAUGCAAUUGGCCAGUGCCUCUGUACUACCCAUGGUCCUAAAAUCAGCUGUAGAACUUGACCUUCUUGAAAUUAUGGCUAAGGCUGGUCCAGGUGCAUCAAUUUCGCCUUCUGAGUUAGCAGCUCAACUCCCUUCGAAGAACCCAGAUGCACCGGUAAUGCUCGAUCGAAUGCUUAGGCUCCUUGCUACUUACUCUGUUCUCAAUUGUACACUCAGGACACUCCCUGAUGGACGUGUAGAGCGGCUGUAUAGUCUUGCUCCAGUUUGUAAGUUCUUGACUAAGAAUGCGGAUGGUGUUUCUGUUGCCCCACUUUUGCUCAUGAAUCAAGAUAAAGUACUUAUGGAGAGCUGGUACCACUUAAAAGAUGCAGUACUUGAUGGUGGAAUCCCAUUCAACAAGGCGUAUGGAAUGACAGCAUUCGAGUACCAUGGAACAGAUCCAAGAUUCAAUAAGGUUUUCAACCGUGGAAUGUCUGAUCACACCACCUUGUCCAUCAAGAAGAUUCUGGAAGACUAUAAAGGAUUUGAAGGACUCAACUCCAUUGUUGAUGUUGGUGGUGGAACAGGGGCUACUGUGAGCAUGAUUGUCUCUAAGUAUCCCUCCAUUAAGGGCAUUAACUUUGAUUUGCCACAUGUUAUUGAAGAUGCUCCACCCUACCCAGGCGUCGAACACAUUGGUGGUGAUAUGUUUGUUAGUGUGCCGAAAGCGGAUGCCAUUUUCAUGAAGUGGAUUUGUCAUGAUUGGAGCGAUGAACAUUGCUUAAAGUUCUUGAAGAAAUGCUACGAAGCACUUCCUGCAAAUGGGAAAGUGAUAAUUGCGGAAUGCUUACUUCCAGAGGUCCCAGACACAUCAACUUCCACAAAGAAUACAGUACAUAUUGAUGUAAUAAUGUUAGCACAUAAUCCAGGAGGCAAAGAAAGGACUGAGAAAGAAUUUGAGGCUUUGGCUAAAGGCGCUGGAUUUAAUGGAUUCAGCAAGGCUUGUUGUGCUUACAACACUUGGGUUAUGGAAUUCAGCAAGUGAU